AUGCUAAAAAGCUGUGGGACUGUUGAUAAAGUGGACCACAAGGAUUGUAAAGAGGAAGGGAGUUGCGCCGUGGAAAACCUCGAGAAUAAAACAGAGGAAUCGUUUAUUGGUGUUAGUUCUAUAAGUACUCAUAACUCAGUGAGUUACAAUCCUCCAAAGAACGGGUUGAUCGCUUCUGUAUUAGAAAUACCCAACUCUGUGUGCCUGUCAUUUGAGCAUGUAGAUCCCCUGCUACAAAGCACUUCUCCACGUUCGACUGAAAAGACAAUUCCUCAAGAUGAGAAGCAUUCAGGGUUAUUCACAAAAAUCAAAAGUGAAUUAUCCACUGAUAAUGGACUGGAAUUAACUAAAAAUGAGAACCAGGAGCAAGGUGACAGACCGAUGGAUUUACCAAAUGGUUCUAAGCAAUACAAUGAAGUCCUUAUUGAUGGAUUUGCUAUUUUAUCUUUCAAAACAAUGGAUGAUAUGUUGGAAUUCACUAAACUAAGCGAAUUACAAAAUCCUGGAAUGACCCCGAUGAUUGAAAAAACUUAUAAACGAGCGCGUCGAUGUGGCAUGCCAAAACUUAAACGAACAAAAGGAUUUCUCAAACAGACACUCUCACAGACAUCUACAUCAAAUGACUUACUUCGUCAUCGUCGACAUCAUCUUCACCAUCAUCAUAAUCAUAGUCACUACCACUUUAAUAAUAUUCAUCAGCAUCCAGCAUUGUUUGAUUAUGAACCGCAUUAUGAUACUAAUCAUAUCUCGUCUCCCAUACAUUUAUCACCCAAUCGCGAUAAAGAUACUAAGUCCAUGGUAAAUACUACUAUUACUGAUGGUAAUAAUAAACUUUCUUCCGUACAACUUAAUAAUAAUAGUAAUGGUACUAGUAAUAAGCAUUAUCAUCAUCGUUCAUAUGAAGUAAAUAAUAAUACUAGUCUUCAUGAAGAAACUAAUCAUAAUGAUGUCCAGUAUCGAGAUGACGAAACUCCUACUCCUCCUCUUCAUCAUCAUAAUCCUUAUUGUUUUUCAGUUAAUCUAUCAACUCAUACAAUUGCAACAUCGAAUUCUCCUAUUAAUAACACAUUGAUAUCUUCAAGUCGUUCUCAUCAUCAUAAUCAUUCCUCAUUGACUACACUGCCUAAAAUGGAACAUAGGUAUUCACAAGAAACUAUUCAAUCCCCACCGGAAUAUACUUCAAUGAUGAGUCCAAAAAAUCAUUCUAUUGGAAAUAAUAUUACAUCAUCACCACAAGAUUAUCGUUCAAUGUCAGUGACAGGGAUAUGGAAUUCUCAAACUAAGCCGGAUAUUAUUUCACCGCAAAAAGCUGACAAGAUAACAUAUGGUAACAGUUGUGAUGCUGAUAGUGUUAAAACAAUGCCAAUGGUUUCCGUUCCAUCUGAAAAUCUUAAACGAUCCGACUCUAUCAAUAGUAAUAAAUCUCAUUGUCAUCAAUUUAGUGUAGCUGCUUUAACUGAUGAAGUUAUGCAUUCCUCUGCUCAAUCAGAAGAAUCCAAGUCACAAUCUACUAUUAAAUCCAAAUCUCCAAAACAUCCAAGUGGUAAAAAGCGAACCUACAGAAAAUCAGAGCAGCGCGAUAUCAAAAAUUCUGCAUACGAUAAGUAUUCACAUCGUCAUAAUGAAUAUGAUAAAUCUUUUGCGUAUCCCAAAUUUGACAAUCCUACAUAUACAAACCGGUGUCCUAUUGUAGAUAACAAUAGUAACAAUAAAUCUUGGAAUUCAACAGCUACUGAUUCGUUAAAAGGAGCAUCAUACUUUCCUACAACAGUUGGUACAAAUCACAAUUGUGAACGAAUCCAUGAUACAGUUUCAAAAUAUUCUCCAUUGACCAAUCAUAAUGUUAAUUCGAUACCAUUUUCUUUACGUAAUUCAGCUGAUUCUCUUCCUGCUCAUUCAUAUCUACCACCAAGAGGAUUUCAAGAACCUACAAGUUGUGGUUCACAGAUCAGACCUUUGUCAUCAUCAUCUGCACACUUAGUAUCACCAUCAGUCCCAUCAUCAUUAUGCUCGAACUCAUUUUUUCCACAUCAAAAUUUAUUAAAACAAUUUAUGGGUAUUGAUUCAGAAACUGCUAAUCAAUUACUCAGUGAUCCACGUUUUAUGGAAUUGUAUGCACUUACUAUGGCUACUCUAAGCAAUAGCGUUGAUGGUGUUCCUGACUCCAUAUUACCACCACCAGUAUCAGGAAUUUCUUUGCCUAAUCAUGCCAAUACAAUAAUAUCAACAUCGGUUAACAAUAGUAAUCAAAAUAUUAAUUCAAGUAGUCAAUUCAGAAAUGGGAAUACUGCAGGCCAUUCACGAACAACUGAUCCUUCACAAUUUCGAGAAACAUCGUUAUCUCACUGUGGACAACAAGUCAAUUUAUCCAGUAUUCAAAACAAAUUACAUCCCUAUAGCAAUAUGAUGAUGCUUGGUGCUAAUCGUCUCCCACUAGCCCCUGGCACUGUUCCAUCAUCUUCACAGACCAUAUCUAAUUCGUCCAUAAACCGUCUUAUCCCACCAAAUUCAGAAUCAUUGUCAAUUAGUCAACUACAAACUGAUCGAUCUCAAGCUGUAUUAGCUGCAGCUUACGCUGAUCGUGAAUUCGUAACAUCAAAUUCAACACUGGCUAAACUGAAAUUAUCUUCUCAAGGUAUAAUGAUCAAUAGUGGUAGUGAUCGUAAUAAUAAUUCAACUGUACCAAAUUCAUUGGUCAAUUCAUUACCAUCUACAACAAAUAUCAAUUGUCUGUCUGAUAGUAAUAAUAGAAAUGCCCAAAAUUUCAAUAUACCACCCAAUCCAAUGAUACAACGUCAUCAUCAUCAUUUAAAUUCUAUGCCUCAAUCAUCUAUCGGGACAUUAGAACCACCAUCUACUCUGCAUAGUUCCAAGUCAAAUUCCAUAAGUUCCAAUUUUUCUUGUUCCUUAUCAUCAGAUUCAGUGAUGAAUAAAAAUUUCGGUUCUUUCCCUUUAAAACUUCUUAAUGGCGAUCUACACAAUCCUGUCUCGUCGUCUUCGUCCUCAUCGUUAUCUACACACAAUGAUCGUAAUGCCAUGAUGGGAUUGCAUAAACCGGAAUAUAUGCCAUCAGAAUCGGUGCUUCGUUCUAAUUUUCCACCUUCUCUUCAAUUAAUACCACCACCACUGCCGCCAAAUAUACCUCCGGAAUUUUUGAAAUCAUUUCUUGUACCUGAUUCUUCAUCACCAUUAUUUCCUGGUCCCAAAGUUAACGCUACACUAAACUCAUCAUUUAUGCCUUCCAUUCCAAACCUACAAUCCACACAACCGUUGUACUCCCCUAUGAGAGUUAAUCACUCUAAUCGAUCAGAUAAAACUAAUUAUAAUGGUAUUCUACACCGUCCAGUUCAUGGAGACAAGCUUUAUGGACGUUGGGCUGACGCACAUAUUCGUAUCGCUCUGUUUAUCCAACAUUGUAAAUCAUCUACUCAAGGAUUACAAUCAUCUCCGGUUAUAUCCUCAAUAUUUUCAACACCUAGAUUACCAAUUCGUCCUGUGGUUAAACGUUUGAGCCUAGGUGUACAUUCCUCUAUGCCUUCUUCCAUAAUUAGUGGACCUGCAAAUUAUAAUUCAAGUAGAGUAAAUAUUGAAUCAGUGAAUAACAAUCGAUCAAAUCAUCCACCGCCACUAAGACCUCCUUCUUUUCUUCCUUCACAACUUCAUAAUCCUAUUACUUCAGUAAGCAGUAAUAAUAAUAACAAUAAUAAUAAUAAUAGCGGUCCUUCAAUUCCUAGUAGUAUGAAUUCUGAUAUAUCAUUUUGGGGACAUCUAUUUAAUGAAUUUAUGAAUAAUCUAUCAAAAGAAUUUCUAAAUAGUAUACCAGACUGUAAAGAUACUCAGCUAGCAAUUUUACAAAACUUUUAUUCUCAAAUGUCACAAAUGAAUAAUUCUGUAUUAAAUGGUGGUUCUUUCCCGAAAUCAACAGAUUUUUCUUUUCUCAAUUCAACAGUAUCAUCGUCAUCUAUGGCUAACAAUAAUAAUAAUAAUAAUAAUAAUAAUAAUAAUAAUAAUAAUAAUAAUAAUAAUAAUUGUUCACCAGUGCCAUCAGUAUCAAAUAUUGCCGGCUUCAACUUUCCAUUAAUUGCUCAAUCCUUCAAUUCCCUUUCUUCUUCCUGUUCUUCUUCUGCUACUACUACGACGACAUGUGUUCGACCAACUGUUCUUCCUUCAUCUCCUGCUCUUAUAAAUUUUCCAUCUUCAACAAAUAUUUUAAAUAAUAACGAUUUAAAACGAAGACGAGCUGAUUCUUCUUCAAAUAGCAUGGAUAUUAACAAUUUGCCAUUUCCAAUGCGUUUUCCUAAUUCUUUUCCUCGACCACCGACUAUUUAUAAUUAUGUGCCUCAUUCGCAUUCUUCCCUCUAUCCUGGAUCAUCAAUACCACCACCUCCAGCACAUUCCGAUAUGAUAAAUGUAGCCGCUGCCGCUAGUUUAUUGAAUGGAUUUCGAUUGCCUGAAGCCUUCUUAAACCAUUUCCCACAUUCUAUGCAACUGCCAUCAGUAUCAAGUGGUUCUUCUUCGUUGAAUGAUAGAAAAAAUACCAGGUCAUCUAAUACUACUACUGGUACUAUUACGACUUCCAGUAAUUCAUCUCACUUAAUUCCAAUCAAUCCUUGGUGAUUUUAAUCACACUGUUUGUCUAUUUUUCUCCCGAUCAAUAGUUUAUAACUUGUUUCAAAAUGGUGAUUUUAUUGUUAUUAGCUUAUUCAAUUCUAGUGAAGAGAAGAUAGGUGUGUGGCUACGAUGAUGUUGAUAGUAUAUGUUGGAGUGUGGGGGAGGUAGGUAUAAACAAAGAAAGGAUUAGUUUUUGAUGUUUGCUAGUUUUCACUUCAAUUCUUCGUCUUACUUAAUUGUGUUCUUUCACUUCUCAUUUGUUUAUUUAUUCAAACAUGCAGAGAUUUACUUUGGCUAUCAUAUAUAUAUAUAUAUAGCAUAUUUCUGUAAUACAAUGUUCAGUUACAUUUGCUGCCUAUUUCUUUAUUCACUAUUCUUCCGUUCUUGUUAUUCUUCGUAUAGUUUGCUUCCUACACUAUAAUCAUAUCGUAAUGGGAGCAUACACCUAUCGUCAUCAUCAUCAUGGACAGCCACUCACGAUGGAGGCUCAUACAGUGUUUUUGUUGUUGUUGGAUAAUUUCAUCUAUUCUUUUAGUUUUAAAAACGGAAACAUCACCUCCCCUGACAUGUACACAAACUUUGUAGGACGGGGUUAAAUAUUUUUCCCCGGUAGAUUUCAUUUCAGAAUCAUGUAUAUUAAUUAUUAUUAAAAUUUGACAAAAUGAAGUUUCAGUACAUAGCAAUACAUAUAAAUAAAUACAAAAGUCAUAAUAAUGCCUUCUUGUCUAUUCUUUUCAUUUGCGUUCCUUUUUUGUCUAUUGACGAAUAUGUUAUGUUGUAUAUUAACGUGAAACAUAAUGAAUGAGCGAUAGAGAAUGUUUGUGUGUGUGUGAGAGAGAGAGAAAGAGAACUUUUUAUCAACGAAAUCACUACAUCUCCUUAUUUUUUUUGUAUAACUCCCCUUCUUCUCGUCCUUACUUUCAUACUUCUGACCUUCAUAUGACACUACUACUAUUAGUACUUAGUUACAUUAGCUAAAUAGAUAAAUGGACAGACAGAUAAUCAGUCGACUAUUUCUACUAUCAUCACUAUUAUUACCAUUAUUAUAUUGUAUUAUAUUGUAAUACAUUUUAUAUUAUACUCAUCCUUUAUUUUACACAUUACUUUUUAAGCAGUUAAAUUUGUCACGAUGUCCCCAUUCACUUCUCUUUUCAUUCAUCUUUAUUUUUUCUUCUGUAAGUCUUUAUACCCUGAUUGCUUAUGUUACGGCUUAUUCUUUUACCCGAAGAAGAAUGUAUCGUUUAGGCGUCAUAAUGAGAAUUGAAUUGAAUUAUUGUUAUUAUUUCACUUUAUGUUGUAUUAACUUAACCAUAUAGUUAAUUGUGGUUAAUAUAAAUUAACGUUCGCUUUAUUUUCAUUAGUUCAACAAUAACAAAUACUUACUACUGACUAUUGUCAUUUAUUACUUAAAUUGCUUCUUUGAAAUUAGCAUUGUGAAUUCAUAUUUUGGAUAAAAUAAUGAAUUUGUCAAUUUCAUUGUGUUAUAUUCUCAUCCCCAGUUAUGAUUAAUUACACAAAUGAAUAAUAAUGCAAAAACAAGCAAGGACUAUUGAAUACCUACAAAUAUACUGAAAAUAUUGCAACUCCUCUAAUGGCUGUUCAAUUGUUCAUUUUUAUUGUUAUUAUUAUUAGCAUUAUUUUCAUUUUGUUUUAAUUUUUCAUAAUGAUCAGUUUGAGAACGAUGAUUACUAGCGCUAACAUGGAAUUCACGUGAUUUUACACAAUGGAAACUGUUUUUGUAAUGGUAGUAGUAGUAGUAGUAAGUUGGUUAUUCUGUUCUCUUUUAUUUCAGUUUGUCUCCAUAUUCAUUAUUAUUAUUAUUAUUAUUUCACUGAUACCAUCUUCUUACUUUCCAUUUUCCAUCCAUACUACAUCUUUACCCUGUGUAUCUUGUGCUUCACAAUGAAGCAAAAGAAAAAAAACAACUCAAAAACGUUGUAAGUAAACUAUAAAAUCCAAAGUUUUCUGUUUCUUUUUUUCGCUGAUUAUUAUCGUUGUUGUGGUUAUUGUUUAUUAUUGCGUUCAGUUCUUUAUUUUUCCAAAAUAAAAAUCCUGUUUUUUUCGUAUGUCGUUUUGUUUUGUAUGCACAUGUAUGUAACAUGUACAAUCAUAGGAUACUGCUAACGGGAUUGAUAGUGUGUAGUGUUCUAUGCAUGCGCGUGUGCUUCCAUAUAAGUGUAGCAAUAUGUGUAGAUGUGGACACAACACUAUAUACAUGGAUUAUUAUUAUUAACAUCAAAUGAAAGUCAUUUAAGAAUCGUUACUUUUCUAGUGAACAUAACGAUGCGAUAAAAUUGCUGUAGUUACUGGCCAUUAAUUUUCGAUUAUAAAAAUGUAAAAUAAUAAAUCACAAUAAUUUUUAAUAUUUAAUGUGUGAUUAUUAAGUAACUUGGUAAUUGUUUAUACGUUUGUGCAUCAAUUAUACGCUUAUAAUGUACAUAUAUUAACCAUUUCUAUAUAUAGAU